CGUGUGGGAGCGCCGCCCCCUGCCCCGCGCGGGACUGCGGGUCGCCCGCGGCGUGCCGCCACCAUGCGGUUCCGCGCCAAGAUCCUGGACGUCGCCUGCCUCAACCACUUCACCCGUGUAAUCAACACAAUUGCCAAACUAGCCAAGACCUGCACUCUGCGCCUUACACCAGGCAAACUUUAUUUCAUCCUCACUGACAAAGUAGCAAAUGGAGGGGUCAGCAUGUGGUGUGAGUUAAGUCAGGGAAACUUCUUUGAUGAGUUCCAGAUGGAAGGAGUAGCAGCAGAGCACAAUGAAAUUUAUUUAGAGCUGAUGCCUGAAAACCUAUCAAGAGCUUUAAAAACAGCCCAGAAUGCCAAGACAGUGAAAAUCAAGUUGACUAACAAGCACUGCCCCUGCCUCACAGUAGCUGUGGAACUGCCCUCCUUAGCAAGCAGUAGUCGCAUCGUGACACAUGACAUUCCUGUGGCAGUUAUUCCCAGAAGGCUGUGGAAUGAUUUCAAAGAGCCCAGUGUACCUGACUUUGACGUCAGUAUUUACCUACCAGUGCUGAAGACCAUGAAGAGUGUUGUAGAGAGAAUGAAAAACCUCAGCAAUUCCAUUGUGAUUGAAGCAAAUCUAAAUGGAGAAAUGAAUUUAAAAAUAGAAACUGAUUUAGUGUCUGUUACAACUCAUUUUAAAGAUCUAGGAAAUCCUCCAUGGGUAUUGGAUGGCGAUUCUCAAAAUUCUACUCAGGACCGAGAUCCAGAAACCAUGGCUGAGGCACGUGUAGACAUCAAGAAGCUCCAGCAGCUACUUGCUGGGCAGCAAGUAAAUCCUACAAAAGCCUUGUGCAAUAUUGUAAGCAAAAGGAUUGUCCAUUUCAUUUUGCUUCAUGAAGACGUUUAUCUUCAGUAUUUCAUUCCAGCUCUUGCAUGAAAACUCAGUCUCAGGACAUUUCCAGAGCUGAGGCCUUUCCUACAGAGACUGAAUAAACAUAAAGCAUGGGGAUCCUUUCAGCUGCCAUGUUUUGCAAGCAGGCAGUUACUGCUGCCUUGUCACCCAGCACAAGAGAUCCUGCCUGACCAAGUGUUUCAAUUCCUGGGAAAAUGAGAAUAAGCUUCCUCAGUUGUAAAUGCUGAUAAAGUGGUGAGUUAGGUGAAGGAGGUAA